AGAACAAGCCAGAGAAUUGCUUGCAUUUAAGUCCUAUUAUGAAACUAGAUUAUUGUCAUUCAUUCAAAGAAGUUGCACUUAUGAAUAUUGCAUUAAGGAUGUUAGCUGCAUGUUAUUGCCAUUUUUACUUGGAUGA